CUGUGGAAUAUUCUAGAGAACUUCAGAAUUUAUCCGCAAACUGAUUCUGUCGCAUAUUCGCACAUCCUUCAACGUCUCCUCUUACACCUCUUAGUUUUUUUGACACUUGCCAAAUUUAUACCCAUUUGUAUUAUUGGCUGUUGCCCGGCUUCGACACUCCAAUUAUUGCCGUAUUUUUCUUAUAUAUCAAAACUUUCUAUUCUUUCACUUACACCCCCAUCCUCAUGUGGGCCACGUAGAACUCUUCGUCUUUGUUAUAAUAUAGCAGGGUUUAUAUUCACGGCAUAUCACAGGCCGAGGCUACAGAGAGAAGGGGAAAGAGAAAGAGAGGUUUUUCAUGGAAGCUUUAAUGGCGGAUUUGUGCAGAAGGAAGGUCGGUUAUUUGUGCCUCCUGGUUUUGAGCUUUCUGUUGUGUUUAGGGUUUGGAUUUGCAGAGCUUGAAAAGUUUGAACAGCCCAUUAAAACUGAUGGAUCGCUUAGCUUUUUGGUGAUUGGGGAUUGGGGAAGGAGAGGCGGAUUCAAUCAAUCUGAAGUUGCUAUUCAGAUGGGGAGAAUUGGGGAGAAAUUGGACAUAAAUUUUGUAGUUUCAACAGGAGAUAAUUUCUAUGAGAAUGGAUUGAGUGGGGAAGAUGAUCCCGCAUUUGAAGAAUCUUUCUCCAAAAUUUAUACAGCUCAAAGCCUGCAAAAGCAAUGGUACAUUGUUUUGGGCAACCAUGAUUACAGAGGAAAUGCUGAGGCCCAAUUAAGCUCACUACUUAGAAAAAUUGAUUCAAGAUGGCUCUGCUUGAGAUCUUUUAUUGUCAAUGCAGAUUUGGCUGAGAUUUUCUUUGUAGACACCACUCCUUUUGUCAAGAUGUACUUCACUGAAGGAGAGGGUCAUUCUUACGAUUGGCGGGGUAUUGGAUCUCGCAAGUCUUAUAUCACUAAUUUAUUAAAGGAUUUAGAAAUAGCGCUGAGAGGAUCUAGUGCCAAGUGGAAGAUUGUGGUUGGUCACCAUGCAAUUAGAAGCAUUGGGCACCAUGGAGACACCGCAGAACUUAAACGCCAUAUUCUCCCACUUCUGAAGACCUACAACGUUGAUUUUUACAUGAACGGCCAUGACCAUUGUCUUGAACACUUCAGUGACAAAGAAAGCCGUGUACAAUUUUUGACCAGUGGGGCGGCCUCAAAGGCAUGGAGAGGAGACAUUAAAGAGAGAGAUAGAGAGGGGUUACAAUUUUUCUAUGAUGGGCAAGGUUUUAUGUCCGUUGAGUUGAAUCAAACAGAAGCACAAAUUGUGUUCUAUGAUGUUUUUGGUGAAGUUUUGCAUAAAUGGAGUACAAAGAAGGAGCUUCUUUCAUCCAUAUAAAUUCCACGAUGACCUUAACGGCUUAGAAUUGUAUUAUCAUCUACGAAAAAUCUUUGGCAGGAUGUACACCUAUCCAAUCAAUGUUGCAGAGUAUCUCAUGGUCGUUAACGAAAAAAUCUUUCAUAAGGUGUACACCCAUUCAAAGAGCAUAAAAUUAUAGAUCAGUUUGCUCAUCGGGAAAACUCUAAUGUAUGUAUUUUUCAGUGCACAAGACACCAUCAGACUAAAAGCUUAAGUUCAUGGGCCAAAUAUGGUCUUACUACUUUGCAGA